UUUCUUAUUGAAUUUCGCAUCAUUUCGUAUUUCAUAAUUUGUUUAUUUCUUUUAUUUCUUAAUCGCAUUAGUUUUUCUGUAUGUAGAAAAUAAAAAAAACAUGGCAAAUCAGGAGAUAAGUUUGAAAUGGAAUGGAUUUCAGAGUAAUAUAUUGACAAACGUGAAAGAAUUAUACAAAGACGAGGGUUUAUCGGAUGUCACUCUUGUUUCCGAAGGCCAGUGUUUUAAAGCUCACAAAGUUAUUUUAUCAGCUAACAGUUCGGUAUUCAGGUCCAUAUUUCAGCAAAACCCCCACAAGGAUCCGAUUAUAGUGCUUCAUGACAUCAACACGGCUUCCCUGCGCACUCUGCUGACGUUUAUGUACAAUGGUGAGGUUAAUGUGACUGAGGAGUUUCUGCCAAUUCUUCUGAAGACUGCAGACACACUGCGGAUUUGCGGAUUAUCUACUGGAAAUGAUGCUUCUAAAGAGGAUGAGAAAAGUGUAACAGCAGCACAAGGGAAAAAGCGUAAGAAGAGUGAACAUGAAGACAACAAUAAUAAAUGUAAAAAGCUGGCCAACAAAACGGAUUUGACUGCAUCAGAACCUGUAAAAACCUCGAACAUAACACCCAAAGUGGAACCUAUUGAUUCACCAUUAACCGAUUACUCUGGAGAAAACACCAAUGACACAGACAUUGCACUCCUAGAAGAUGCAGAAAAGAAAUAUUCUGUCAGCUCGGAAAAUACAAACAAAUCUGUUUGUACUACUGCUCCAACCGAUCGUAAUGUUAAGAAAUGGGUCAGCGAAGUAAGUAGUACUCAACCCUGUCUCAACAUAAGUGAUAAGAGUAAUGGAAUAACUGUUGAUGAUGAUAAGGAGAGUAUAGAGAUUGAUAAAGAAGUGGAAACAGUGCUACAAAGUGGCACUAUUGUCGAGUCGUUGAGUAUAACCACGGAGAACUUGAAUUCUGUGUCAAGUGAAGCACAAAAUUGCAAAGACAAGACAAACACAUGCUAUGCUAAUCCUUCGUUUCCAUGCCCGUUUUGCCCGCGAGUAUACAAUAGUUGGGGGUACAGACGGAGACAUGUGAAAUCAAGGCAUGUUACAAACAGGUUAUCAUGCAAGUGGUGUGUGUCAGUGCUUCCGUCUACAGGCGCGUGGUACUCCCACGCCACUCGCACGCACGGCGUCCCACACGAAGAGGCGAGGAACUCGUUAGUGGUCAUGGUUGAGGCUCAUGCAGUGUUGACUCUGAACGAACCCAGUGUCACCCAGUUACUGGGUCAAGUCAGUAUGGACGGCAGUGUUACAGAGAAAAUCAAUUAGGGUAUGGUGUUUAAUAUUACAUUGGGUGUAGACUUUCUAGUUUUGUUUGUGAUUUACUUGUGGGUUUACAUUAUUUUAAUGAAUGAUUGCCUAUACGAAUACAAAGCUAAAAUGGUGUCAAAAAGUGAGACAGCAAUAUUUUGAUAUUAACAUAUUUUCAUUACAGAUAGUUUAGAAAUUAUAAUUUUUAAUUGAUUAAUGAUUAAUUAAUAUAAAAAGUGUGUCAAAAAAUUAUAAUUAAUUAACAUUAUUGUACACCAUUCUAUGGCAUUCAUGGAUGCAUGAGAAUGAGCUGGUUUUGACAGUUCUUAUACUGCACACAAACAGAAAACAUUUAUAAAUAUAUUUUAUGGGCAUAUAAAUAUUUAUUAUAAGUAAUCUGUAAUUUAGGAUUUCCAAGAUGUUAUAAAUUUCUUUCCCUUUACAAAUCUGUGUUAUUAUGAAUUGAUGGCAUUGAAAUUACUCAGGAAUUUGAUAUAUACAUAAUAUUUUUACAAGAAAAUAUAUAACUGUAAUUUUUAUUUGAUCAGGCUGUAAAGUUUUUAUAAUUAUGCAUGAAUUGUUAUUGAAAUUUUACAUCGUAACAUAAGAAAGGAAAAAGUCAUAAUAUUAUAUCAAAUAGUAAUUCCGUUAUGUUUGUACAUUUAAUAGUAGUAUUUUUUUUGUCACAUUAACACCUGUAUUUUCAAAUAAGAUUAAGAGGACUCAUUUAUCUGACAGCCAACUGAAGUGAAGUGGCAUAACAAUGUUAAUCAAUCACAGUGCCCUAUUCUAUGCGCGUACGCACGAUAGCUCUUCAAGCCUAACGUACUGAGAAAUAAGUUUAGAUUAGCAUUGCUAUAAGUCUAGGGUAUAGAUACUUAACUACAUACAUAUUUUCACACCUUUUACUCAGGAGUAGGUAAAGGCGCAACAAAUGCACACACUAUUCGCUAUGUGUAUCCUAUUAUUAUGUGAUAUGGGGCAUAUAUCGCCAUAUCGUGCACAAAUUCCCGUCUCUGGGGGGCUACUAAGAAAUCGCCAGUAUCACUUUGUCCAGCUCGGGCUACAAAUCAUAGACAGCAGGAAGGUAGUACAGCAAUACAACCACGCAACCAAGGUAGUCUAACUUUGAUAUCUUUGAAUAUGGGUGUUAAUGUCUCGUUAAAGUUUUCGCCUCUUUGUGACGUAUUAAUGCAAACAGUGGCCAGUUUAGGGCUUAAUGAUAGUCCUCGCAAUUCACAACAUGGUCAGUAAUUUAUUUCCAAUUUGUACAUGCACUUAUUUUUUAAGUAUCUAAAUCAGUUUUGACGUCAAAUGUUUAAUAGAUUUUUAUUUAAAAUUAUAAACCUUCGAGAAAAGUUUUAGAUAACUUUGUAUUCUUUUGUAUUUGUCUUAAAAAAUUGACCUGAAGGAGCAUAAUAGAAUAACACAUAUCUUCAUUUUACAGAUUUUAUUUCAUGCUAUUUUUGUCUCUAUGAAACCUCUUCCUCGCCUUCAAGGAUCAAAAAAUUAUAAAAAUAAUGUAUUUUAUCCUAUGCUCUUUAACUUGGAUAAUAAUUGAAUUUAAUAUAAUCCAUUUGGCGUCAACAAAUUGUGUCCGAACACAAUAUUAUCGUUUUAAUUUGUAUAAAUAAUUUUGUACAUAUUAAAAUUUUCAUGAUCUCAAUAAAAUGAAGUCAGUUGAUUGGUAGUCAUAAGGUUCAUUAUUCACGUGUAAUGCAUAAUUCUAGUUUUUUUGUAUUUAACAUUUAGGUUUGUUUUAGUUUAAUGCGAGUGAUACUUGUUUGGGGUGUG